AUGUUUGUUUUAUUUAUUAUCUAUUAAUGCUAUGCUCAAUUUAAUAUAUUAACCACAAUUGGAGGGAAAAAUAUUUCAAUAUAUGAAAAUGAAGUGCAGAAUCACUAAUUUAGCGUGCAUGAAUAGUAUCAAUGUCAUCCAUCGGACUUAUUCGAAGAGGAUUAGAAAUAGGGUAGUCGAAUAUUUUAUAUUUAAAAUUUGCAAUCCAAAGCCUUAAAUCUAAGCAUCAUACCUAUAUCAUUAAGACCGAGAGAUAUGCAAUUGAUAAAUGUGCCAAAUUAAGUCGAACAAUAAGAAAUAACAAUUGAAGGGAGUUCAACAUCAACAUACAAUAUAUAUUAUGAGUGUUAUUAGAAUUGGGCCUUUGUUGAGUUGCAUGUUCGAUAUGAGAAGACUAUUCUGAAUUUUAGAUACAUUAAGAUUUGUGAGGACAAACUCUAUUACCAUGAUUACCCUGAUUUAAUAUUGGCAGUAAUAGCCUUGAUAAUCACAUACAUUGGGGCAAUAUAUGGAUAAAAGAGAUUUAAAUUGAAACCUGCAUAAGCAGAACAACAAAUCGACGAAUUAGAAUCAUGUGAGUCCUUUUAUAAGGCGAGACAAAUAUACUCCCCCUAAUAUUCUCAACCAGAGCAAAUAAUCAAAAUGGGUGAAUUUCAAACAACGCCAGACUCUGCUUAGAUAAUCUCUAGAAGAGGAAAAGAGACCAAUCUAACCCUGAGAAUAUUCUUGUACCUAUUCUUUGUUAUUGGAUUGCUAAUUGCUUUGUUCUUAUGGGGAGAGAUCAGCAUACUGGAGAUUCCAAUAUACGGGAUCUAUUUUGUUUGUGUUCAAAUAGCCAAUACAGAUCUCUUGAUAUAUAUAGUUUCAUCUUCCAUCUCGCCCAACAUAAAACUACCUUUAUAUGGAAGAGUAAAAUUGAUCAACUUAUUCACUUAUCUUUUGCAAUUUGUAUACACUUUCUUUCUAGUUCUGACAGACAAUUGGGUGUUGAGAAGUUUCAGUUCGAUUUGCCUUUUAUUUUAAUUAAUUAGAUUCAUGAAGUUUUACAAUCUCCAACAAUUACUAUCAGUAUAUGGUGUUAUUCUUGGGUUAUCAUAUGUUAUUUAGUAUUAAUUUGGGAUUGAAUUUCCGAAAUUGCAUUUCCCAAACACAUUUUUCCUAGAGAAUCCAAAGUUGACAUGUUCAGGUACUACUUUGUUGCAAUUAAUGUUGCCCUGCUCUUUGCUAACUUAUACAAGAUACUUUAGAAGAUAGACAAGAUCACAUUCCAUAUUAUUUAAGUUGGGAUAUUUGAGUUAUGUAAUUGGAGUAGGUUUGACUCUCAAAUCAGACGGAGAUUACUUGUUAUAGACGUUGAUUGAUAACUUUUUGCCAUCAAUAAUGAUCUUUCUGACCAUAAAUGUGUAUGGGAUUGCGAGAAGGGAAAUGAAGCAAUUGUAUUCAGGGAUUGAACCUGGAUUGCAUAAUAGAGCAAUUUAAUAAUAAUAUAGUUAUGAAUUAACAAUUGAUAAAUAUAAUAAAAAUUAGUGA